GGCUCGAGUACGAAGCGGACACGCCACACAACCUGUCCGGCACAGCUACCUCUGUCCCAAGAAUCCAAGUAUCUUCAUCUGCACCUCUAGCCAAGGAGACAUCCCGACACGUCCUCAGCCAGGAAAGUGUGCAAGUGCUCGUCCCGGUCGCCGCCUUGAUCCAGUCCCAACUUGCCAUUAGCGAUUCUGAGCGCGCCAGUGCGAACCCGCCGCUGCAAGGAUCCAAAAGUUGGCCAGGAGCCGCACAAGGAAACUGUCUGCAAUCGAUAAUUCCCGGAGAGUGCAGUGCACAGAGAGCAGUUUCGAGUUCGAAACCGUCGAAGUACUUACUGCUAAGUGUGACGUUGUUUUUGUACGCGAACAGUCGAACCGGCUUUCCACUGACUGUGCUCUGCUGUCCCGGCCGCCGUUCUGUGCAUUUUCGCUGGUCGUUGUCUUGAAAGGAAUCCACGGAUUUCGUUCCGCGAUUCGUCAUCUUCGAAUUGCAAGUGCUGGUCUCGGUUUUUUGCAGAACUCGCUUUAAUUACGUUCGCAGUGCUUUCCAAGUCCCGUAAUACAAAGAAAAGUUCGCUUGCAGUCGUGAGCGCUAAAAGUGUUUCAGACAAGAAUUUGUGCGGAAAAUAGCUUCGCUUUCUAAUUGCACUCCACGCCGCCCGGUCGAGUCGUGAAGGGGAUAAUUGCCCGUACGCUGCGUAGAACCCGAGUGACGACACAGCCAAGGAAGGAAGCUCAGCAGAACUAGAUAUCGUUGAACAAAUUUCUUUUACAAUAUACCACUAAAAUGAAUGGGCAAAGUUACGAACUGAACCAUACAAACGGUGAUAUUAUAUCACAGAACCAGCAGAAAGGAUGGUGGACGAUUGGCUUAAUCAGUGGCCAAUAUAAGUAUAUGACUGCAGAAACAUUUGGAUUCAAAUUGAAUGCAAAUGGAUCUAGUUUGAAGAAGAAGCAGCUGUGGACGUUGGAGCCAUCUAAUACAGGAGAAAGUAUCAUCUAUCUUCGUUCGCAUCUCAACAAAUACUUGUCAGUUGAUUCAUUUGGCAAUGUACUAUGUGAAUCAGAUGAACGUGAUGCCGGUAGCCGCUUUCAAAUUAGCAUUGCAGAAGACGGUUCCGGUCGUUGGGCGCUAAAGAAUGAGUCACGCGGAUACUUCCUUGGUGGCACACCUGAUAAACUUGUAUGUACUGCUAAAACACCUGGCAAGGGUGAAUUUUGGACAGUACAUUUGGCCGCUCGACCACAGGUAAAUUUACGGUCAGUUGGACGCAAACGUUUCGCACACCUAUCAGAAUCACAAGACGAGAUUCAUGUCGAUGCGAACAUUCCCUGGGGCGAAGACACACUCUUUACGCUUGAGUUUCGUGCCGAUGAAGGGGGACGCUAUGCACUGCAUACAUGCAAUAACAAAUAUUUAAACAGUAACGGAAAACUUCAAUCGCUUUGUACAGACGAUUGUCUCUUCAGUGCAGAAUAUCAUGGAGGACAUUUAGCCUUGAGAGACGGUCAAGGAUCAUACCUAUCACCAAUUGGAUCUAAGGCUGUGCUAAAAUCUCGUUCACAAACAGUUACCCGCGAUGAAUUGUUCUCUUUGGAAGAUUCAUUACCCCAAGCAUCAUUCGUUGCCGGUUUGAAUUCCAAAUAUGUAUCAGUGAAACAAGGUGUAGAUGUGACCGCCAAUCAAGAUGAAAUUGGAGAGAAUGAAACAUUCCAACUAGAAUACGAUUGGUCGGCUCACCGCUGGGCAUUACGCACAACACAGGAUCGCUAUUGGUGCCUGUCUACUGGUGGUGGAAUCCAGGCAACUGGAAAUCGUAGAUGUGCUGAUGCACUAUUCGAACUGAUUUGGCACGGAGAUGGUUCCUUAUCCUUCAGGGCAAACAAUGGAAAAUUUUUGGCUACAAAACGCUCCGGUCACCUUUUUGCUACCUCUGAUACCAUAGAGGAAAUCACGAAAUUCUAUUUCUACUUGAUCAAUCGCCCCAUCUUGGUACUAAAAUGCGAGCAAGGAUUUGUUGGAUACAAAGCACCAAGCAAUCCAAAACUAGAAUGUAAUAAGGCAACGUAUGAAACAAUUCUCGUAGAACGAGCACAGAAAGGUGUUGUGAACUUGAAAGCGCACAGUGGAAAGUAUUGGCGAAUUGAUGGCGAAGGAAUAGCCGUUGAUGCCGACGCACCCGCAGAGGGAUUCUAUUUGGAACUCAGGGAGCCAACGAGGAUUUGCAUUCGUUCCCUCGAUGGUCGAUAUUUGGGUGCAACGAAAAACGGUGCAUUCAAAUUAGUGGAUGAUGGGGCCGAGACUGCAACUCAGUGGGAAUUUUAAGAAUAUUUAUUUAUUAAAAUGAAACGAAUAAAACUUACCUUACUUUGUAAGAUAUGAUAAUAAUUUGCAAAACUGCAACUUCCAAUGUUGAUACGUAUGUGGAAAAAAUUCCAAAAUUGUUUUGAAAAAUCCUUUGAGAGAAUACUAGAAGAUCCUACUGAGAGAGAUAUGGAGAGAAGCAAUCGUGGCAAAUUUUUUUGAUAACAUAUAUUUUUUUUUUCAAUGAUAAAUUUAAAUUAUAUACAAUGCAAUCAACAUUAAAUAAAGUAUAUACAUAAUAAUUGUAAGCAGAAUACAAAAUAAAACUUUUUGUACUUUUAUACGACGAAAGAAAAUUGCAAGAAGAUGAUAUUUAAAUAUACUGAAAAAGAGAUAAAAGCUUAUUGCCAAUUUUAAACGCUUUUUAUGAAAGAAAUUUAAUAAUUUUAUAAACGUUUUACGAGUAAUGCUAUACAACAGAGUGGUAGAACAACAUACGCAAGCGUGUUCAAUGAAAUUUCUAUGAGAUCAAACUUGGUUGAGCAAGAAAUGUUUGAGUAACGUAAAUUUAGUCAUCGUACAUGUUUUACGUUUUGUAUGUAGUGUUUUGAUCGGAAAUUUCAUUGAAACACGAUAAGGGGCAUGAUAUUAUAUUUUUAAAUAUAUUUUAGUUUCUAAUGUAUUUCUUUAUUAUUUAUAAACGUAUAAAAGUGAAUAUAUAAAAAUGAGAAUAGCAAUGAAUAUUAAAAAUUAUAAAUUUGA